GUGUUCCUUGAUUUGGUGUGUAGGAUGUAGCAAAUUUUGUGAAGAGUGAAAAUGACCUCAGAGCCAAAUCAGGAUUAUCAAGUUAUUUAGAAACACUAUGGUAUGCAUUUGAAACAUUCUGAAUUACUUACUCAAAAAGAACUCAUAAUGGUUUCAAUUUGCUAUAUGAAAAUAACAAUUUCUUCAUUUUGUAGAGGUUACAGGAUAUAAUUUUAGAUCUAAAACUGUUUUAACAAAUAUUUUACAUUUUUAAUUAGUUUUAACAAGUAAAAAUGCCAAAGAAAAUUGGAUUCAAUGUUAUCUAUGCAUCAGGGGAAGAGGAUAAGUACAAAGCUUGUGAACUGGAUAGACAUGGGCCUUCAAUCCGAGGAUGGCAGUCAGCCAAAGAUUGUUCCUAUCCUCAAGAGAUAGUUCUCAGGCUACACAGCACUGCAAUUCUUCAUCAGAUCCAGAUUCUGGCUCAUCAGUACCUCAUCUCUGAGAGAAUAGAUCUGUUUGUCGGUCCUGAAGAUUAUGCAGAUGAUAUUGCUGAUGAGGAAGCAACCAAAUUACCUUUUGAAUACUUGGGCUACAUAACGUUAAGUGAUAACCAAUCUACUGAAUUUAAAAGCCGAGAACUGAAAUCCAUCACAGUUCCACCUUUUAGUCCAACAUCGUAUGUGAAACUUCGGCUUUACCAGAAUCACAACAAUGAUUUAAAUCUUUUCAAUCAGGUGAGCAUAGUUGCAAUCCAGUUGAUCGGAGAUGAAGUAGGCAAGGGAGAAGAGAACAACAAUGGCCAUACAGAUCAUAAUCUGCUCCCAGGUGGUCAGGGAUCACUUUCCUCAGCAUGUGAUGACUUGGCCUUUGAGAUGUACGUGGACAAGGAUGUGGCUAGGAUCAUCCGACUACUAGAGCAGAGGAAACAUCAGGCUGUCCAAGAUGAAAGAUUCGAGUAUGCACGAAAACUGAAAUCAGCGAUGGUAGAGCUACGAGCAGCUGGAGAACGGCUUGGAAAAUUGGAAAUAGGGAAGAAACAAGCCAUUAUGCAUGAAGACUAUUCCAAAGCAAAGAAAAAGAAAGCUCAGAUGGACGAGUACAGAAAGGAAGUGUAUGCACUGCUGGAAGUAGAUGAUCUAUUAGAAGAAAAUGGACCUCUGGCAAAAAAUGAUGAGGAAUCGCCAGAUGCUGACAAUGGAACUAGCACGACCACACUGAGCGAGGAGUUGGCUGUGCCUGCAUACUCGGUGAAGCCACGAGUCCGAGCCCCGGUUAGCCUUGAGGCUACAUCUCCACCUCAGCGCCCUGUGCCAGACAACACAGUCUCUGCUGUUUCACCUGGCCUCUACCAGAGUCCGGUGUCACCCCUACACUACGCUGGUCGGGUCAGUCCAACUGGUGCUACACCAAAGGGCCAGGCGUAUGUUGCGACACCAGUGACAAUCAGAACAGGCACAGGAUCAUUGCGACGCAGAAACAAGUCUGCAGCACGAAACAGCUAUGAAGCUUAUGACGAGAGAACUGUUCCUGCCCAUAGAAACACUCACUCAGCCGAGCAACCAAGAGAGAACAAUGUAUCUUCAUCAGCUGUUGUGUCCAAACUGAACGAACGAGAAAGGAAACAAGCUGCUUUACCAAUAGCGGUUUUUGGAAUGGCCUUAGUGGAGAAGUUCUUCUCAAAGCAGUUCUCAGACAAGGAGGAGGGGCUGCGGUUACUACAGGCAGCACUAAGAGCCCAUGUUCGCAGUGAGUGUGUCAAACCACCGGAGAAUACAGAAACACACUCACCCAACAAAGUCGCACGAGCUGCUGUCUACUUGUUGCAUCGAGCUCUCAGGGAUAAGGUCUUCAUCGUCUACAGUACUGCUGCUGAGAUCAUCCGCUACUUCUUCAGUGAAUUUGUCGCUGGGAGGGUCUCGACAGCUGAAGUCUCUCGUAGCUUGGACAGACUACUACCGGAACUCCUAUCAAAAUCUGGUGAUACGACGCCUCGUAUACAUAACAUGGCAAUGCAUACAAUUCUCAGCUUAGCUGACUGCUCAGAUGUCAGAUCUUUAAAUAUCAUACCAGUUCACCUGACAAGAGUACUGACAUCAAGCACACAUCCUCGCUUGGCCCUCAGCAAGAUGGAGAUGGUGGAACAGCUCAUUCUGAACAAUGGCAUCUCCACUGACAAACAAAGUGGAAUGACCUGCAGAGUUCUAUCAGAACUGGGAGUGUCUGGGUUACACCAUCCUGCCGAGGCAGUACGCAAGGUAGCUGAGCGUAUUCUCAUCCAUGUGUACAAGGUCAACUCACGCAUUGUGCGCAAACAGUUGCCACCUGACGAUGAUAUUACACGUCGCAAUCUGCUCUAUCGCCAUCUUAUGCAGGAGUUUGAUAAGGUUGACCUUGAGAGAAAACCUAUUGAAACAUUUUCUAACAAGAACAAGUUAGUGAGGUCAGGCAGUGUGAGUAGUGCCAAUCCGGCUACGUCGUCUGUUCUAAGGCCGUCCACCAGUGCAUACACUCAUUCUGACAAUGCUGCCAACAUUGCCACCAACUCCUCAGAGAGCCACAGUGCAUCAUCAUCCUCGUCUGGAGGUAUCCUCUCCCCACCACCUGACCAGCCUCUUGACAAGCAAUGUAUCUUCUGCCUCGAGAGGUCAGAAUCGUUUACAGAGGAGGGUCUUAACAUCCACUACUGGAAAAGUUGUCCCAUGCUGAUGCGGUGCCAGCAUUGCCAAGAAGUGGUAGAGGUUGCGUCACUGAACCAACACCUCGCAGAUGAAUGUGAUCUGCGCAAGCUGUAUAAAAAGUGUGAUCUUUGCUCCGAUGUACAACAUGUUGACAGUUUUGAAGAACACCGAAAUUCUCCUUCUUGUUUACAGGGCAGAGUUCUAAGGUGCUCAUUGUGUCGGACUGUGGUGGGAGCAGGUGAGGACUGGUGGCGGGAACACUUGAAUGGAGCCCAUCUCUGCCCCAAACAUCCAAGACGCAAGUUCGUCAAAACCAAACUAACACGUUCUAAAACUCCAGAUUUGCCUCAGACGUCCUCAUCAAUGUACAACUUCCGCUGAGCAAAAUGCCAAUCAAGAAAAGGAAUGCCUAAGCUUAGCAAUCGUCUCCUAGAUUUUGUUACUGCUCAAUAGUUAUUGUUCUUAUUCUAGCUACUGCACAUAGCGCUUUUUAAAUUGCCAAAGCCUUUUUAUACAACAAAGGCAAAUCUAUGUAAAAUCAAAAUCUGUUCCAAAAAAUAUAAUAAUAAAGCAUGGUUUAUGUACACUUAUAAAAUAACUUUAGGUAAUAAAAAGUAAAUACAAAUCCGCCCAUUUCAUAUAAGAUGUUCAAAUAAAUAACCAAUAGGUAUUUAGUAGGAAAUAAUAAAAUGAAUACAUGCUAUAACAUAAAAUUAUAAUUUCUAUUUUAUUAAACCUAGUAUAAGCAACUUUUGUUUGGCUGAGACAAAGCUUGGAUAUAAAAUUCAAAACUAUGAGAAUUUUUUAGAUAUAAACAUUAUUUAUACAUACUACAACCUUAACAUUAAAUAAGCACAACUAAUACAUAAAAAUGAUUAAUUAAUCUUAGCCCAAAAAUUUAAGUAUAAAAAGAUGUAAAAUUAUAUAGCGCUCACAAGAUCAACAUAUCUUCAAUCAAUCAGUAACUUUGUAUGAAAUCAAUAAUAUUGGACUAAAUUUAUUUGUAGUUUUAUAACUUUCAAAUAUUUUUUAUCUCUUAUCCCUUUAUUUCUCUUUUAGGUUUCUUUGUAAUAUGUUUAUACAUUUAUAAAGACAUAUUCAAGCAUCCAGUUUCAAACAUAUGAAUUUGAAGUCGCACUAAGACUUUAAAAUCUGUGCAUAUCGUUUUAACAAGAUUUAAAAUUGAAACUAGUACCUUGUUAAGAUUAAGAAAUGAAGUCAUGCUGUGAUUACACUGUAAGGAAUCUAUUUUACAAAAUCUAUUUUAAAGAAAUUAAAUUUAUACAGUAACUAAUAAUUAAAAUGUUAACAGUAAAAUAAAAAUGCAAUGAUUGCAUUUUGUUAUAGAACUCUUAAUCUCUUUAGUAUGUAUUUUUAUUGUUGAAAAAAGUACUAUUUUACACCAGUUAAUUUAUUUACUAUCAAGAAAAUUACUGUACAUUAUUGAACAAAGUUUAUAAGAAAAACCUGUAAAAACAAAUUUCCUAACUGAACAGUUUUUGUACAUUGAAUAAGUUCUUUACAGUGUAAGCCAGAAAUUUCAAACCAUGCUUUUAGAACCUGCCUUGAAUCUGCUUACUACGAUUGCACAAAUUACGAGCAUUGCACAAUUCUCAAGACUACAUUCAUUUAGAAUUAGCAAGUUAUUUUUGAUGUUGUGUGUAGAGAACGAGUUAUACGAUAAGAAAUUCCUCAGAUUGUUUCUAAUUAUAUUUUCAAUAUUGGUGUUGUGUGUUUCUAUAUUUAAAAGUACCUUCAAUGAAGUAUUAUUGUAAAGAUUGAUGAUUUUCCCUGUAAUUAGGUUUAGAUGUUACUUAUUGAUAUACAUACAGAAUGUGAGAAUGUUCUAAAAGUGUUUGAUUGGCUCAGUGAAAUCCGUUUAAUAUAUUCAAACAUUAAAGAGUGAAUUCGUGCACUUCCACUCAGGACUUUAAGAACUCUUGUCUUCAUAUAAUGCAAUGAGUAUAUUAUUUAUUCAAGGGACCAUUUGAAGAGUUUGUGUAUAAUCUUAAUUUCAAGCAUAAA